CCGUGAUUGGGCCGCCUGGGUCGGCCCCCUCCCCCGCGGCGAGCGGCGGGCCGGGGGCUCGCGGCGCCCUCGGCGCAUGUGCGGCGCGGAGUGGCCGUGACCGGCCGCGGCGCGGGUGUCGGUGAGCGGCGAGGACUCGCGCGCCCCCCGCCCGUGUGCAUCCGUCCGUCGGUCCGCCCGCGGGUCAGCGGGUCCGCCCGGUGCGGCGCUCGCCGAGCAUCCCCCGCCGCGCACCUGCCGCCGCCGCCGGCCUCCGGCUUCCGGGCUGCGCUCGCGCCCCGCGCCCCGGGACCGCGCCGCACGGGGCCCCGGCCCGGCCCGGCCUCCGCGGGCCCCCCGCGCUCCGCAGCCCGCCCGGGCGCCGCCGCCGGGGGAGGGCGAGGGGCCGCCUGCUGCCGGGCCGGGGCGGCGCGGCGAUGAUGAACAGGUUCCGAAAGUGGCUGUACAAACCCAAGAGGGGGGACCCACAGCUGCUGGCGCAGUUCUACUACGCCGACGAGGAGCUGAGCCAGGUGGCCGCCGAGCUGGACAGCCUGGAUGGACGGAAGGACCCGCAGCGGUGCACACUGCUUGUCAGCCAGUUCCGCGCCUGCCAGGACAACGUGUUGAACGUCAUUAGCCAGAUCAUGGACGAGUGCAUCCCCCAGGACCGCGCCCCGAGGGACUUCUGCGUCAAGUUCCCCGAGGAGAUCCGGCACGACAACCUGGCCGGCCAGCUCUGGUUCGGCGCAGAGUGCCUGGCCGCCGGCUCCACCAUCAUGAACCGCGAGCCCGAGAGCACCGCCAUGCGGCCGCUGGCCAAGCAGCUGACGCGCAGCCUGGAGGACGUGCGGGGCGCCCUCCGCGACCAGGCGCUGCGGGACCCGGGCGCCUACCCUGAGAGGCUGCGCCACGCGCUGCGGCUCCUCGACGAGCUGUUCGCAGAGUUCGAGCUCAGCUACGUGUCGGCCAUGGUGCCCGUCAAGUCCCCACGGGAGUACCAUGUGCAGCAGGAGGUCAUCGUGCUGUUCUGCGAGACGGUGGAGAGGGCCCUGGACUGCGGGUACCUCACCCAGGACAUGAUCGACGACUACGAGCCGGCCCUCAUGUUCACCAUCCCGCGGCUGGCCAUCGUGUGCGGCCUCGUGGUCUACGCCGACGGCCCCCUGAACCUGGACCGCAGGGCGGAGGACACGUCGGAGCUGUUCCGGCCCUUCCGCUCGCUGCUGCGGAAGAUCAGGGACUUGCUGCAGACCCUCACGGAGGAUGAGCUGCACACGCUGGAGCGGAACCUCUGCGUCUCCCAGGACACGGAGCUCCCCCUGAGCGCCGCGCCCAUGCCCGCCUUCCCCGCGGCCCUGCCCCCCGAGGAGCCGCUCUCCAAGGCCAAAGGGCCGGACGCGGAGCUGGCCUGCUCCAUGCAGGACGACGACCGGGAGCUGGAGCAGCUCGACCGCCUGGUGCACAGGGCCGGCGACGAGAUGUCCUCCCUGCUGUCCCCGCCCAGCGCCUGCCCGUCCCCCGCUCACGGGCUGGGGGCCGAGCGCGGCGGCCCCGCGGACGCCUCUCCCGGCAGAGCCGGGCCGGAGCCGGGCGGCGACGAGGAGGACAGGGUGUUCUUCAUGGACGACGUGGAGGGGCCGGCGGAGCCCACGGGCGGCCCCCGCGCCGACCCCCAGGAGCCGGGGCGGGCCGGGGAGGGCGGAGAGGCGGGGCCCGGCGCGGCGGCCGCGGAGCAGCGGGGCGGCCCGAGCGCCGACGGCGCCCCCGAGGACGGCGGGGCGCCCCCUACCGCGGGGCUGUGCGCGGCCGAGGUGAUCGCCCACCGGACGGGCGGCCUGAAGCUCUCGGCCACCGUCAUCUUCAACCCCACGGCGCGGGGCGCGGCCCAGGCCUCCCCGGAAGCCCCGGGCGCCGGCGGGUCCCCCACGAACCCUGGGGCCGCGCGGGCGGGGAGCGGCCCCCCGGAGCUGGGGCCCCCGGCCUCGAACUGCCUCAUGCACUCCUGCGUGUGCUGCGGGGGCUGCGGGGACGGCGGGGAGGAGGCCGUCCAGAGCUUCCCAGGCACGGGCGGCCCUGCAGAGCCGCCCAAGGCCGGCGACAAGCGCCUGGGGGACCGACCCGACGGCGCCUGGCCGGGCCCGGGGGCGCGGCCCACGGGGGACACCUGUGCCGGGCAGGAUCCUAAAGGCCCCCAUCCCUCCCCGGACCUGGAGCGCACCUUGGGGCCCCAGGGGCCCGCAGGAGAAGGGGACCCGACUGGCCAGCAAAGGGAGCCCGGGGCCAGGGAGCUGGACGGCGGGAGCCCCUCCGAGGCCGGCCCCAGCGGCUCCUGCUCUCCAGACCAGGCCAGGCCUGAGGCCGUCCCUGUGACCCCCGUGGACCCCCCAGCCCCCGCAGCCAUGAGGGAGAAGAUGCGGUCCCGGUUCCCCAGCAGCCACGACCUGAUCCACCGCCUCUUCGUCUGCAUCUCAGGCGUGGCUGACCAGCUGCAGACCAACUACGCGAGCGACCUCAGGAGCAUCCUGAAGACUCUGUUUGAAGUCAUGGCCACCAAGCCGGAGGCGGACGACAAGGAGAAGCUGAAGAAGGUUACCCGGAGCCUGCGGAGUGCAGCCCUGGAGGACUGUGCGCUGUGCCAGGAGACCCUGUCGACCCCCGAGCUGGCGGCCAAGACCUGCGAUGGGGAGUUUGAAGAUCCCCCCGAGUGGGUGCCAGACGAGGCCUGCGGCCUGUGCACGGCCUGCAAGGCGCCCUUCACCGUCAUCCGCCGGAAGCACCACUGCCGCAGCUGCGGGAAGAUCUUCUGCUCACGCUGCUCCUCGCACUCGGCACCGCUGCCCCGCUAUGGGCAGGUGAAGCCCGUCCGCGUGUGCACCCACUGCUACCUGUUCCACGUCACACCCUUCUACAGCGACAAGGCGGGCGUCUGACGGUGCCCGGCCCACCCGCCAUGGCACAGGGGACCAGGGUGGGGGCCAAGGGCUCCCUCUUCCUCCGGCACCGGCUGUGCCGCAGGGGGCUUCAUGGCAUCCCACCAGCCACGCUGCAGGGCUCAGUGCCAGGGCUGACGGGUCCACUUUGCCCAGUGAGGGUGCCCUAAAGUGCCCGACAGCUGCCUUGGGCAGGGGUCUGCCUGGGCAGGGGUGGGGGCCCUUCUCCUGCCUCUCUCCUGAGCCUUAGCAACACCCUCUCUUGACCCUGGUGGGAAGGGGGCCCUGACAGAGCCCAGGCAGCCCCUGCUCCUGGCACCCAGGCCCAACAGUCAGUGGUCUCUGGUGCAGCCCCCUCCUGCAACUCUGGAGGCCCCAGUCCCCAGAGUAGGGCAGGGCCCCCCCCCAGGCCCCUGCUCACACAGAUGUCAGGCUGGCCCUUCUCUCACCGAGGGCCUUGGACCCGUAGCUGCCCACGCCUCGUCCCCCAGCUGCCCCUUUGCCACCUCCAGCCCUGCGGUCCUGCCCCGGGACCUUGGCUGAAACCGCAUGCAGCUCAUCUCUUCCCCGAGGGGCAAUGCAGGAAGUGGACGCAGGGGUCCUCUGGGAAUUCAGGCUGUGUCUGCCCCCCACCCCUGCCCUGCCUCCAGGUCGCCACUCCCCGCCCAGCAGAGGCCCCUGGCCAGGGGCGGACUGGGUCCUCAGGCCAGGCCCACGGGGUGUCCACUCGGCCACCACUGCUCUUUUGCACCCCCAGGACCCCAGGCCACCUGCUCAGAGCCCGGCGCGGCCCAGGUCCAGGCUGAGGUGACCCCAGCAUGGUCACCUCCUCAGGCUUAAAUCUCAGGCUUCCUUUUGCAAUGACGAUUGCAGUUUUAUUUUUAGAGAGAUGACACACCUAACGCUUCUUUUAUAGGAUAAAAAUCCAAUUGCAAUUUAACAGUGGAAUAAACAUGCACAAGAACAGCUUCUGUGGGAGAACAAAAGUCUAUUAUGGAGUGAAUAUUAUGUAUCUGAGAUUAUUUUUAUUUUCUAAAUGCUGUAACUCGAAGCCAUUUCCAUGAAUCUAUUUAAGGAUUGCAGCCGCUCUCUUCCCUGUGUGAACCGCGUCCCUUCUCUUGCCCUGGAGAACGGGCGGCGCCUCCCCCGAGCAGCUGUGGCUUCUUGGCUUUUGAGGCAACUCGGGGGCAGGACUUGACUUCCCACCUGUGUUCUCGGUGUGCCCACCUUGCCCCCGUGAGGGUCAGCCGCAGUCUCCCCGCUGCCUGCUCAGCUCCCCUUCUUUGGGGUCCUCACUUGGACUGGGGGCGGAGAGGAGCAGGCAGUGUAGCCCACCAUGGUGGCCCGGUUGGGGCUGUGCUUAUGGGGUGCCCCGGGGAGCGGCAGCUGGGGGUUGCCUGGCAACGCUGCCUUCCUUUGGUCCUGGCGCCCCAGCCCUCGGAGGUGGGUGCUGGGGGGCCAGAGGGGCCACCCCGCUCCGUUUCUGGUAGCUGAGAAAGUGUUCAGAGCGUGGGGGCUUCCCGCAGGCAGGGCCGAGGCCUCUGGGAGUGGGAGAAGGGCCUGCAGGCCCUCAGUGCCCCUGGCUGCCCAGGGUGGGCCCCUCUCCCUGCAGGGAGAGGUGGGGGGCCCGGCCCCACUCCCCAGGGCCUGCCUGGACAGAGCCAGGGAGCUGGCCCCGCUCGGCCCUCGCCCCCAGCCGCAGACGCUGUGGCCUGUCCUGGGCCUGUCCGCGGUGCCAGCCAGAAUCUCAGCUGCGGGAGGAGCAGGGGCACCCCCGCUGCCCCCUGUCCCUUUCCCGUCUGCUGGGGCGCUCCCAAGUCAGUCACCUCCUGGCCCACUCGGUCAGAGGUGGGAGGCGGAGUGGAGCCGCCCUCCGGGGGUUCAGGUGGGAGCUGUGGCCGCGGGAACCGGCCAAGGUGGGGGGGGGGUCCACCCUCAACGAGGCUGUUCACCCGGGCCGGCUUGCCUGGGGCUUUCAGGCUGAGACCCCAUCUGUGACGGGGGCGGGGCUUCCCGGGGGUCCUGACCGCAGCCCCCACGGCCGCCGGGGAGCCCACGCCGCGCUCCCCCUGCCCGCCCGGCUGCGGGGCGCGAGGGC